UCAGGUAACAGCCAGCAGCCUGGCAGUCACUCUCACACCUGCCAGCACCAGCAUCCGGAGCCCCACAUUGACUCAGGGACCAGCCACCAGCAUGCAGUCCUCGGGCACCUUGUUUGUUGAGAGUAAAUGAAGUCUCACGAGAAGCCCGGACCCAGCAGCACCCACAGAGACAGAGGCCACAGCACCCACUGUCCUGACUCUGCCCCCUCCCUUGGGUGAUGAGAGCCUCCAGAUCUUUGUGGGGUCAGAUGGGGACAACUUGCCCCUGAUGGAAAUGGGUACUUGUAAGCUUGAGGCCUUUCAUCAAUGGGACUGUGUCCUGGUGGCUGAUCUCCAGACCCAGAAAAUCCAGAAGAAGGUUCAGAGGCAACAGCAGUUCCUGGAGAAGCUUGAGAGCAAAGGCUUCCAAUUCAAGAUGAUAAAGGACCGGAAGAAGGUGUUCUUUGGGAUCCGAGCUGACAGUGGGAUCUUUGACCUGUACCGGACUCUUCUCAUGAAGCCUGAAGAUCCUGGCCCCAGAGCCAAACUGAACAAGAUGAACUGCAUCCCAGCUACCACAAGAAUCCGAAUUGUGAGCUUUGUCGUGAACAACAAGAUGAAACCUGGUGAGACCUUCGAGGACCUGGUGAAGGAUGGGGUUUUUGAGACCAUGUUUCCUCUGCACGAGGGAGAAAAAGACUUGAAGAAAAAAUGGGCCCGAUGGAGAAACAUGUUCCGGAAACAGCCGAUUGAUGACAUUAGGAACUACUUUGGCGAGAAGGUGGCUCUGUAUUUCGCCUGGCUUGGCUGGUACACCUACAUGCUCGUGCCUGCUGCUUUGGUGGGCCUCGUCAUCUUCCUGAGCGGCUUUGCCCUGUUCGAUUCCAGCCAGAUCAGCAAAGAGAUCUGUGCGGCCAAGGACAUCUUCAUGUGCCCCCUUGGCGACCACAGUCGCAGAUACCAGCCGCUCUCAGAAAUGUGCACUUUUGCGAAGCUCACUCAUCUCUUCGACAACGAGGGUACCGUGAUGUUUGCCAUCUUCAUGGCUCUGUGGGCCACGGUGUUUCUGGAGAUCUGGAAGCGGCAGCGUGCCCGCGUGGUCCUGCACUGGGACUUGUACGGAUGGGAUGAGGAGGAGGAAGAGAUGGCCCUUGAGCUCAUUAACUAUCCGGACUACAAGCUGAGAACACAUCACCAUUCCUACCUGAACAGCACUAUCAUUCUGAUCCUGUCCGUGUUCAUGAUCUGUUUCAUGAUUGGCAUGGCCCAUGUGCUGGUUGUCUACCGUGUGCUGGCCGCUGCUCUCUUCAGCAGCUUCCUGGAGCAGCAGGUGACCACUGUCGUGGUGGUGACCGGGGCCGUGGUACACUAUGUAAUCAUAGUCAUCAUGACUAAGGUCAACAAAUGGGUAGCCCAGAAGCUUUGUAACUUUGAGGAUCCCAGGACCUUUUCAGAGCGAGAGAGCAAGUUCACCGUCAAGUUCUUCACUCUGCAGUUUUUUGCUCACUUCUCCUCUCUCAUCUACAUUGCCUUCAUUCUGGGCAGGAUCAAUGGUCACCCUGGGAAGUCCACGCGCCUGGCGGGGCUGUGGAAGCUAGAGGAGUGCCAUCUCAGUGGCUGCAUGAUGGACCUGUUCAUCCAGAUGGCCAUCAUUAUGGGACUCAAGCAAACCCUGAGCAACUGCAUCGAGUAUCUGCGCCCGUGGUUGGCCCUGAAAUGUCGCUUAAUGCGGGCUCAUAAACAUGGUCGUGAGUCCAGGGACCCAGAUCUGGAGGAGUGGCAGCGUAACUACCGCAUGAAUCCAGUCAACACCUUCAGCCUGUUUGACGAAUUCAUGGAGAUGAUGAUCCAGUACGGCUUCACCACCAUCUUUGUGGCUGCCUUCCCCCUGGCACCACUACUGGCACUCUUCAGCAACCUUGUGGAGAUCCGCCUGGACGCCAUCAAGAUGGUCAGACUGCAGCGGCGCCUGGUUCCUCGAAAGGCUAAGGACAUAGGGACCUGGCUGCAGGUACUGGAGACCAUUGGAGUGCUGGCAGUCAUUGCCAAUGGGAUGGUCAUCGCCUUCACCUCUGAGUUCAUUCCCAGAGUGGUCUACAAGUACCGCUAUGGCCCGUGCCGGCAGAACAGGAACUUCACAGAAGACUGCCUCAAGGGCUAUGUCAACCACAGCUUGUCUGUCUUCUACACCAAGGAUUUCCAGGACCACAGCAGGAUGGAAGGCCAAGAAAAUGUGACCACAUGCAGGUACCGGGACUACCGAAACGAACAUGACUACAAUUUCUCUGAGCAGUUCUGGUUCAUUCUGGCCAUCCGGCUGGCCUUCGUCAUCCUCUUUGAGCAUGUCGCCUUGUGUAUCAAGCUCAUUGCUGCAUGGUUUGUGCCUGAUGUGCCCCAGUCGGUGAAGAACAAGGUUCUGGAGGAGAAGUACCGAAUACUUCGGGAGAAAAUGUGCUUCAGUUCUAGGAGCACAGACGUAUAGACAAUCCGGGGCAGGUGGAGAAAUGCUGAUUUCCAGGAGCCUGGACUAGGAAGGAAGGAGUCCUCAUCUCUACAGCUUGCCCCUGUCUAUGACAACAUGUAUCCGUGUGUUGAGGGUGGCUGUAAAAUGGUCCAUGCAUAUGUAGGGGCCUGGGUGGUCUACAUAUAUGUCAGUGAAUGAAGAUCAUAGGAGGUCUUGAAUAUAUGUAGGCAUAUAUGAGCACCCUAGGAAGCCCAUGUAUAUAUGUAAACCAAUAUAUAUGUAUGUAUGUAUAUGUAGGGGGUCACUGGUAUAUUUAGGGUAUUUAUGAGUAGCACAGAUGUGUCUGUGGGGUUUGCUCCAACUUUUCUAGGGUUCAAACGUGGCACAGACCUGACUUAAAAUUCUUGAGUAACCUUAGUACCCAUAGAAUUUCAGGCUGCUCACAAAACCCCACUGCAGUAAAAGUAGCCCAAGUUCCACUGACCUCCUGGCUUUGGGGCCCCAGAUCAUUUUCUGUGGCCUCCUGCUUGGUGGAAGGCCCAGAGAUUAAUUUCUGGCACCCCCCCCCCCACUAGCUGGAUCCCCACCACCUAUAAAACUUUUUACAAACAAAAUAAACCUGUGUGUAUUGA